AUUGAGCACGUUGGACAACAAAUAAAACUAAACAUCUUCAUUGCGUUGACUCCAACUACUUGAACUCACUCCUGCAGUGUCCUUCUUCAAUCCCAUUCAUUCAUUCUCCCCCGACAACAACGCCAUGCCUUCAUGGUCGUCUUCUUCUUCCGCUCUAACCGCUCCCAAUUUGCGUCUUCGCACUCUCAGAAUUUGGUCCUCCAAGGACUAUGCAAUCGCCGCAUUCAUUUUCCUCAUUCUCUUCUCUCUCCUUCUCUUCUCCCACUUGGAUUCCCGUUCCCAUUCCCGUUACGAUUCCCAGCCCCAUCACUCCAAGCUCGUUCCGUUAACCCUCCUCCGCAACGCCAACCAAACGCGCGCGCUUUGCUUGGACGGGAGCGCUCCCGGUUACCAUUUCCAAAGCGGGUUCGGAUCCGGAUCCCGCAAUUGGCUGAUCCACAUUGAGGGAGGAGGGUGGUGCAAUUCGAUACCUUCUUGCUACCAGCGAAAAUUCACUCAUUUGGGGUCUUCCGAUCAUAUGGAGAAGCUUAUUCCUUUUUCAGGAAUUUUGAGCUCUGACCCUGCUCAGAACCCUGAUUUCUUUAACUGGAACAAGGUGAAGAUACGUUAUUGUGACGGUGCAUCUUUUGCGGGUCAUCCAGAGAGUGAGCAGAGAGGAAGUGGGUUGUUCUUCAGAGGCCAGGUCAUAUGGGAAGCUAUUAUGGAUGAACUCUUAUCAACUGGCCUGUCUAAUGCAAAGCAGGCUUUGCUUUCAGGAUGCUCUGCUGGAGGGUUGGCAACUCUUAUACACUGUGAUAGUUUCCGGCAAGUACUUCCAAAGGAAGCAACUGUCAAGUGUCUUGCUGAUGCAGGCUUCUUCCUAGAUGAGAAGGAUAUUAGUGGAAACAGUACAAUGAGAUCUUUCUAUCAUGAUGUUGCCCAGCUUCAGGGUCUUGCAAAAAGUUUGCACAAAGAUUGCAUUGCUAAAAUGGAACCAUCUAAGUGUCUCUUUCCAUCAGAAAUUGCUAAAAACAUAAAGACUCCACUGUUCCUUGUUCAUCCAGCUUAUGAUUUCUGGCAGAUACGCAAUAUUUUGGUGCCUCAAGGAUCAGAUCCUGAUGGUCACUGGCAACGGUGCAGACUGGACAUUCGCAGUUGUAAUGCUAAUAUGAUUGAUAAACUUGACAGUUACCGUGGCUCUUUGCUGAAGGCUGUGAAUGAAUUCCAACAACGAAAGGAGAUUGGAAUGUUUAUAGAUUCAUGCUUCGUCCAUUGCCAGACUGAGAUGGAAGUGACAUGGCAUUCACCCAACUCUCCUAAAAUAAAUGAUAAGACAAUUGCGGAAUCUGUUGGUGAUUGGUACUUUGACCGAGAAGCGGUAAAGCGCAUUGACUGCUCUUCUUUUUCGUGCAACCCCACUUGCCACAACAUGGAUUUCACCUGAAUAUAAAAUAAAGCUAUGAGCCCCAUUUUUUAUUGCAACUUUUAUCCCGGAUCUUGGUUGCUUGAAGUUCAUGAAGGAAUAUCCUCAUUUAUAUCCGUUACGUGAAUUUGGCUUCAAUUGAUUCAGAGUUAGAGAAUAUGCUGGGGAGUUCAUCUUAUUCACUUGUAUGAUAUGGGUUCUACAGUCUAUAGAUUAUUAAGCCAUGCAGCAUGUGUCCCCUUGAUCAAGUGAUUCAAUUGUUAUAUAAAUCAAUUGUGUAAUUGAUUUGUUAGUUUCUUCUUAACUUUGUAAUUUUUUUAUGGAUCCCUAAUCCAGCACAUUAGAUUUUUGUGAAUUACAAAUUUAUUAUAUUGAUGCUCUAUUAGCAACUACAAAAUCUCCGAAUAAAUGCAACCGUAAUGAAAAGGGUAUGUUGUGCCA